ACGCGUCUCAAAACUUAAAGGGAAAUAAUCCAUGUUGCUUUGACAUUGAAAACUUAGAAAGCAGCAACAUGAGCCACUUUCCUAAAUAUAUGAGAACUGGUUACUAUAGAAAGGGAACAUCAAUUUUACAGGAAUUAAAAAAGAGCUUCACAUAUAAUUGGGAAUGGCAGAUGUGUUUUACAGUAUUUGGACUCACUUUUCUUAGCCUACCUCUUGUUAACCGUAAGUUUGAAAGAAAUGCUGCUACUAUGUACCAGUAUAAAACGGAAUAUACAGUGUUAAGAGAUACAGAAUUAGAUCCUAAAAAACUUGCAGGCUAUAAUGCAGAUGAAGUAGAGGCAGCAAAGAAGAGGACAGGACUUUAUAUGGACAAAUAAUUGUUUACAAUGUAAAUACUUUGUGUAUUAAAAUAUGAAGAUUCGA